CCGAACUCGGUCCGGAAUCGUCACUACGUUUGUAACGUUCAUCAACGAGAUUGUUUGUUGACGCGUCAAUGUUAGUUAGUUUCAUUGACAAUAUUCCUGGGAUGGAAGAUCAUUUCACAUCAUUUAUUGUGUGACAGUGUACGGAACGUUUUAUCAGGAGAUAUUUUUUCUCGGCGGUUUCGUGCUGAAUCUCGAUUUGAUUUAUGUUGUGUGCGCGGACAUGUUGAAAGGUACGAAUAACGUCGUUUCGUACAUGUGUUAUCGAAGAUUCGCCGGGAAUUUUGUCUGACAGAUACAUAGGAUCUUACGUGUAUUCAUUUGACGUACGUCAGAGUGGCUUCGUGAUUGUUUUUUCAAGUAUAUAUAAGCGGACGAGAGGACGUCUUGAUUAGAGCGCUGCGAGGUCGUACCAACUGCACAACGGCGAAUUCUCCGUGAAGAGGUAGCCGAGGAAAAAGAUGCAUCGUCGUUGAGGGACAAAGAGAAUCUUGGAGAAUCGUUCAGCCUGUUAGCAUGGAGACAUCGAGCAAAAUGGUGGACAAGAACGAUCCGAAGCAGAGGGAGAAGAUCAAGAAGAUGUUCAGCUGGAGCGACGGUCUGACCGCUGACGGGACAGCAGGAGGAGGAGGCGGUCAGGCGAACACAGAGAACAUGCAGAGCAACGGGGAUAGUACUCUGGACAUGACGGCGCCUAAUCCUGUGCUUGCAACGCCGGGGUUGAACAACCCUACGUGGAGUCGGCAGCAAGCAGUCAGCGUCAGGCAUGCCUUCAAGACUUACGGCAGCAGCAAAAAUCCCAAUCAUGUUAUCCAGAAUCUCUGCAUGACGGUGGCGAAAGGAUCCAUAUAUGGACUCCUUGGCGCCAGUGGAUGCGGCAAAACCACCCUGCUCUCUUGCAUCGUCGGUCGGAGGAGAUUGAAUUCCGGAGAGAUCUGGGUCCUUGGAGGGAAACCAGGCACCAAAGGAUCCGGAGUUCCAGGAAAAAGGGUCGGUUACAUGCCGCAGGAGAUCGCCCUCUAUGGAGAAUUCACUAUUAGAGAGACUAUGAUGUACUUCGGUUGGAUUUUUGGCAUGUGCACCGAAGAAAUCGCCGACAGGCUUCGAUUCUUGUUACAAUUCUUGGAUCUACCUUCUCAGAAUCGGCUGGUGAAGAAUCUUAGCGGUGGCCAGCAGCGACGAGUGUCCUUCGCAGUAGCCCUAAUGCACGAUCCAGAGCUUCUAAUUCUGGACGAGCCAACCGUGGGUGUAGAUCCUCUUCUUCGUCAAAGCAUCUGGAACCAUUUGGUCCAGAUCACGAAGGACGGCAACAAGACCGUGAUCAUAACGACCCAUUACAUUGAAGAAGCCCGACAGGCGCAUACGAUUGGUUUGAUGAGGAGCGGCCGUUUAUUGGCCGAAGAAUCUCCAAGGGCUCUCCUUCAAAUGUACAACUGUGCUUCACUAGAGGAAGUUUUCCUGAAACUUUCUCGAAUACAGGGACAGUACUCUCAACCACCAGAAUUGAACAUCUCCAGUAAUAUUAGUUUGGCUUCUCUGAACUGGGGCAAGAAGAAUGAGCCAGUGUACGUGACGGAAGAAUCAGGUGUCGUGGGUCUGAAUUUCAGCCAGAGCAAAGAGGUCCUCGUUCACGACACUACGAAUGGCGUGGGGAAUCAUUACGAUAUGAACGGAAAACCUAUGUCCAGCGUGAAGAAUUCAAUGCUGGAUUGCGACGAUUGCGGUGAUUUCACUGAUUGCUAUAAGAUAACGAACAAGGGUAAAAUGAGAGCGUUGCUGCAAAAGAACUUUUUACGUAUGUGGAGAAAUGUGGGAGUGAUGCUGUUUAUCUUUGCACUGCCAGUAAUGCAAGUGAUCCUCUUUUGUUUGGCUAUUGGUAGGGAUCCAACGGACUUAAAAUUGGCUGUAGUUAAUCACGAAAUGUCAUUCGAGAAUAAAUCCUGUCCUGUAACCGAAGACUGUAACUUUUCACACCUCAGUUGUCGAUACCUGAAAUUUCUCAACAACGAAACGAUCACGAUAAAGUAUUAUCGAGAUCCUACCUCAGCAAAGGACGCUGUUCGCGACGGAGAAGCCUGGGGGACUUUGUAUUUUACUGAGAACUUUACAGACGCUCUGGUAGCAAGAAUGGCCCUUGGAAGAGAAGCUGACGAUGAAACUUUGGAUCAGAGCGAGAUCCGGGUUUGGCUAGACAUGUCCAAUCAACAAAUAGGCCUGAUGCUAGCCAGAAAUCUUCAGUAUUCAUACAGGGACUUUGCCAAAGAUCUUCUCUCUGCCUGCGAUCAGAACACAAAGCUGGCUGACGUACCAAUUCAGUUCGAGGAUCCAAUCUACGGCACCAAUGAGCCCAGUUUCACUGAUUUCGUGGCGCCAGGAGUAAUUUUAACAAUUGUCUUCUUCUUGGCUGUGGCCCUCACUUCUUCCGUUCUUAUCAUCGAGAGGAUGGAGGGUUUAUUAGACAGAAGCUGGGUAGCUGGCGUUUCACCAGGAGAGAUUUUAUUCUCCCACGUGAUCACCCAGUUCGUGGUGAUGUGCGGUCAAACCGCGCUUGUACUGAUCUUCAUGAUUCUGGUGUUCGAUGUCGAGUGCAAGGGAGAAAUCGGUUGGGUGAUCGUGCUGACGAUACUCCAAGGCCUCUGCGGCAUGUGCUUCGGGUUUGUAAUUUCAGCGAUUUGCGAACUUGAAAGGAAUGCAAUCCAGCUGGCUCUGGGCAGUUUCUAUCCUACGCUUCUGUUGAGCGGUGUGAUUUGGCCAGUAGAAGGUAUGCCUUCAUUCCUGCGACACGUGUCUCUGGGCCUUCCACUAACAAUGGCGACAACGUCACUGCGUUCAAUGCUGACGCGCGGUUGGUCCAUCUCAGAACCAGACGUCUACAACGGUUUCAUCUCGACCAUCGUCUGGAUAGUCGCGUUCCUUACGAUAAGCAUAGUGGUGCUCAAAUUCAAGCGCGGAUAAAAUGGUAUCAUGGCGUUUGCGAGUGGAGUAAUCACCACGUAAACAAAAAAGAGCGUGCUAGAGCCAUGUUGGUGCGGCUCGAAACAUCACGAUCGGCCUAUGAUGGUAGCUCAAAGCGGAGAUCGCUUCGGAAAGCUUCCGCGAGACGAUCUCGUUGCGCCCUUCGUGCGUGAACCUCCAGAUACAUGUGAUGCUCCUUGUGCGCUUAAUGUUUCCCUUGUGUGCGAAUGAAGAUGAACGAAUGGUUGUGUGUCGCGUGUUUAGUUCUUUCUUUUUAGGGUUUUCUCUUCUUCUUCUUCUUCUUCUACUUUCAUUUCCCUCUUUUGUAUCCUCAGGGAUGCAUUUUACCAUGGAUAGUCGUUUUUUUUCCGCGAGAAGUAUUCAUCGUCUCGUUUGAGUUAACCUAUAAAAUGGGGUGACACUGUACAGAGAACGUUUUGGUGAUGGACGAGACGAUCUGUACUUGUGAAUAGUCCAGUACAAUGUGCCCUGAUAAAUAUUCGAAGUGUGUUCAGAACGGCAUAAGAGAAACGUGAACAAAAUGGACAUAAAUUAACGAGUUAGCGAAAAUUAGAUGUAGGACAAUUUUACUUGCCCAUGACUUAAGUGUACGUUUUUAUUUAACUUGUACAACGCGAUCUGGGGAACGACGCGUCUAAAAGUAUAAACGAGGAGAAUAUCCA